CGCCACAUGAUCCCACUAGGCUCUCUCUCUAUCUCUCUCUCUCUCCCUCUCCCUCUCAAGCUUCAUCAUAAAUACCCCCAUCACCACCACCUCUACUUCACACUCUUAUCCCUCCAUAUCUCCCCUGCUCUAAACCAACACUUCUCUCUCAACUACUUCCAAAAUGGCCAUCAGAAAAUCCAACAAACUCCCUCAAACUGCAGUUCUCAAGCAGAUCCUCAAAAGAUGUUCGAGCUUGGGAAAGAAAAAUGACUACGACGAGGAUGGCCUUCCUCUAGACGUCCCAAAGGGCCAUUUUGCCGUCUAUGUUGGAGAAAAGAGAAGCAGGCACAUCGUCCCAAUUUCCUUCUUGACUCACCCCGAGUUCCAAUGCCUCCUCCGCCAAGCCGAAGAAGAAUUUGGCUUCGAUCAUGACAUGGGUCUCACCAUUCCCUGCGAAGAAGUCGUGUUCCGGUCUCUAACCUCCAUGCUUAGGUGAAUCAAAGGUCAAGAACUUGAUGGGGUUUUCUUGGAGAAGAUGGCUAAAGAUGAAGCACAACUUUUGCUUCUCUUUUUUUUUACCAUCUUUCUUCAUUUGUUAUUCUCGAUCUUUUCUUCUCCUCUUGUCUUUUUUGUUGGAGAUCGACCCAUUUUGGGUUUUUAUGUCUAAUGACUCUCUAACUUGAAACCCAUACACAUAUUGUGGGUUAAAAAUGUAAAAAGGUUGAGAUUUUCCUCAUAGAGGUGUGUGUUUACACCCUGUGGGAGAAGUUGAUGUUUAAUGGAAUCAAAGGGUGAUUUGCCUGUUUAA